AUGGCAUCUAUUUCUCCCAAAUCUGGCUAUGUGGGGAGCCUCACCGAGUCUGAGGGGCAAAAAUUGCGCGCAUUCUGGAGAAUCUUGAUGCAAUCAUGGAAUGCGAAUACCGCAACCCCCGAGGAAGCCGCCGAGAAAGUCAAGUCCAACGACUCGGCAAAAGGGCACCGAAGAUUCUUCUCCCUGGGCCGGGCCCUAGAACCAAAAUUGUCGGAAGAGGAGACUUCCGCCAUUCCCUCCAAUCUGCUUACCACCCUGAAUAGCCUGGAUGCGGGUCCAGCCGAACUCAAAACUAUCCAGUCACUGAUGUUGAAGCUUCCCGGCGAUAAGCUCCGUAGUGCGCUUUUGACUCUCCUCAAACAAGACCACCCCGAUGCGCUUCUUCUCCGCUUCCUCCGAGCCGUGAAAUGGAACCUGCCCAAGGCAUGGAUUAAGUUGGUCGCGGCUCUCAACUGGCGAGUUAAUGAGUACAAAGUUGACGAAGAAGUGCUACUCAAAGGAGAAGCACAUGCGGUGGAUAAAUCGCAACAAGAUGGAGAUUCGCCAGAAAAGAAGUAUGGCGAGGGCUUCAUUCUCCAGGCCACCUCGGGAAAAGGACACUUUCAUGGGUGUGAUAGAUGGAAUCGGCCCAUCGGUAUUGUUCGAGUGCGAAAACACGACCCAAGUGCUCAAACUCAAAAAGCACUCAAUGACUAUAUUGUCCAGUGUAUUGAAACUGUACGCCUUCUUCAGGUUCCUCCUGUAGAGACCAUGGCGAUAGUUUUUGAUCUGACAUCAUUUGCACUUGGCAACUGGGAACUCGCUGCGAUCAGUUUCAUCCUCCACGCCUUCCAAGAGUAUUACCCCGAAUCUCUCGGAGCCAUGAUAUUCUACAAUGCGCCAUUGAUCUUUGCUGGUUUGUGGAGACUUGUCCAAGGGAGCCUUGAUCCAGUUGUCGCCGCAAAAGUCCACUUCAUCAGUAGCGCCAAAGCUCUUGAGGAAAUUAUUCCCCGAGAACAGAUUCUGAAGGAGCUCGGUGGCGAGGAAGACUGGGAGUACGAAUACAUCGAACCUGCUCCGAAUGAAAACGCAAAAUUAAACGAUAUAGCGACUCGUGACGACAUUCUUGCAAAGAGAGAGAAGCUAGGUGAUGAGCUUUUCACUCUUACUGCCGAGUGGAUCGUAGAUUCGAAGACGAAAUCUCUACCUAGAAGAAACGAAGUGAUUGAAGAACUUCGCAGAAAUUACUGGGAUCUUGAUCCAUAUGUGCGUGCGCGUACGGUGCUCGACCGUACUGGGGUUAUCAAAGGUGAUGGAACAGUUGAUUUCUACCCCGCUGCAAAGCCCAAAAAUGAACCCACCGAAAAGCAGCUGAUAGUCCCAGAAGUUGGGACUACAACACAAACCCCUGUUGCGGCGUCGUAA